AUGACGACAAAAAUACCAGCACCGUACCGCAUCUUCUUCACGACCAUCGACCCGAUCCUCGCCAUAAGUGGUACUUUGACCUCCCUCUUCGCACCCUCCCUCAUACUCGGGCCUUCAGCACCAAAACUACCAACACCAGAGUCAACAUUCCUGCUCCAAUCCUCAGCGGGUUUCUACGCCGCUUUCGUUCUCCUCCAGGUCUUUCUCCUGCGAGCCCGACCGCAUGAUCUGACGGUGUGGCGGGCACUAGAAGCCAGUCUGCUGAUCACCGACAUCUUCAUUGUGGUAGCAUCAUUCGGAUUCUACGGUUCAAAGCAUGGGACGGCUAUUCCAUUCCUGUGGAAAGUCGAGGAGAUUGGAAAUUUUAUGAUCACGGCUGGUGUUGGGGUCAUCCGAGCACUGUUCUUGCUCGGGGUCGGCUUGCCAUCGGGUACGAAGUCGAGGUCGAAGUGA